UAUUCAAAGCAAAUUAUAUCCAUAUGGUGGUGGUAAUAUAACAAUGCCUGGUACUAAUCGACUUCCUCUAGUUUCUGGCACUAUUCCAUCAUUGGCACAUAUCACCACAUCUAAUUCAUGCAUAAAUUGUUCUGCUCAUCAAUCAAAUCCAGAUUCAUUGUCAUUGAAUCAUUCACAAAUUGCUCGAUCUCAAGCUGUAUUAGCUUCUGCUUAUGCUGAUCGAGAAUUCGUUACAUCGAAUUCAACAUUUUCUAAACAGAAGUCAUCAUCAUCAUCAUCUCAAGGUAUAAUGACGAAUAGUAAUGGUGAUCGUACUCAUCAAAUGCUACCACCGACUUCCUUAAUGAAUUCACUACCAUCAUCAUCAUCAUCCACAUUCAAUGUUCAUUGUUUACCACCUGAUGAUCAUCAAAAUAAUCAUAAUAAUCAUAAUAAUAAUAAUAGAUUUGCUCAAAAUUUCAAUAUACCACCACCACCACCACCGCCACCAUCUAAUCUAAUGUUACAACGUCAUCAUCACGUGAAUUCUAUGCCUCAAUCAACAAUCACUACUGGUACAUUAGAUUCAAUAUCAACUCUGCAUAAUUCUAAGUCAAAUCUCAGUCUUUCUUAUUCUUCUUCAUCAUUAUCAUCAUCAGAUUUAUUGAUGAAUAAAAAUUUCAAUUCUUUCCCUUUAAAACUUUUUAAUGGAGAUCUACACAAUCCUAUUUCAUCGUCAUCGUUGUCUGCACAGAAUAUUCUCCCAGGAUUGCAUAACACAGAAUAUCAUCCAUCAGAAUCAAUGCAUCGUCCGAAUGUUCUACCUCUACCACCGCUACCGCCACAUAUACCCCCGGAAAUUUUAAAACCAUUUCUUGGCCCUGAUUCAUCUGCGUCAUCAUCAUCAUCAUCAUCAUCAUUUCCUGGUCCUAAAGUGAACAUCACACUGAAUUCAUCAUUUAUGCCUUCCAAUUCAAAUUUACAAUAUACACAAUCAUCAUAUUUCCCUAUGAAAGCUUAUCAUCAUCCUGAUCGAUUGGAUAAAACUAAUCAUAGUGGUAUACUUCAUCAUCCUGUUCAUAGAGAUAAGCUUCAUGGACGUUGGGCUGAUGCACAUAUUCGUAUCGCUUUAUUUAUUCAACAUUGUAAAUCAUCAUCAUCUAAUCAAGGAUUACAAUCGUCUCCAGUUAUGAUGCCACCACCACCUAUAUUGUCAACAUCAUCUAGAUUACCAAUUCGUCCUAUUGUGAAACGUCUAAACCUGGGAGGUGUACAUUCCUCUAUGCCUUUUCCUUCUUCUUCUUCACUAAGUAGUGGAUCUGUAAAUUAUAAUUCAAACAAAAUUACUACUGAAUCAAUAAAUAAUAAUAAUAAUAAUAAUCGAUCGAUGCAUCCACCAUCAUUGGGGCCUCCUUCACAUGUUCAUAAUCCUAUUCAUUCAGUGAACAAUAAUAGUACUAACAAUAAUAAUAAUAAUAAUAAUAAUAAUAAUAAUAAUAAUAAUGGUGCUUCAAUUCCUAACAAUCUACCAUCUGAUCUAUCAUUUUGGGGAAAUUUAUUUCAUGAAUUAAUGAAUAAUUUCUCUAAAGAAUUUCUAACAAAUAUACCAACAGAUUGUAAAGAUGCUCAAUUAACAAUAUUACAAAAAAUCUAUUCACAAAUAUUACAAAUGAAUCAAUCUACAUUAUUAGUGGAACAUUCUAGUUUAUGUUCUAAAUCAACAGAUUUUCCAAUGCAUAAUUCAUCAACAUUAUCUUCAACGAUGCUAGAUAAUAAUAAUCUUAAUAAUCAUUGUUCACUAAUGUCAUCAUCAUCGUCAGGAUCAACUACUAUUCCCGGUUUGAAUUUUCCAUUCAUCCCUCAACCGUUCGAUUCGUUUCCUCUUUCUUCCUCUUCUUCUUCUUCUUCUUCUUCUUCUGUUUCUAUGAAUACGACUACGACUACUACUACUGCUACUGCUACUGCUACAUGUACUCGUCCGACAACCAAUCUGCUUUCAUCUUCGGCUCCUACAAAUUUUUCAUCAUCAUCAUCAUCAACAACAACAACAACAGCAACUACAAAUAGUUAUGAUUUUAAACGAAGACGAACAGAUUCUUCAAAUCCUAAUUUAGAUAAUUUAUCAUUUCCAUUAAAUUUUCCUAAUUCUUUUCCUCGGCCAUCAAUAAAUCCUAAUUUUGUGCCUCAUCCACAGCCACCAACUCAUCCUCAUCAACAUCCACAUCAACAUCCACAUCAUACAUCUGCGAUGCCACCGCCUCCUCCUCCUCCAGCUCAUUCUGAUGUUGUGAUAAAUGCCGCAGCAGCAGCAGCAGCAGCUGCUAGAUUAUUCAAUGGAUUCAGAUUGCCUGAAACAUUUUUCAAUCAUUUUCCACUUCCUUCUAUGCAAUUAUCAUCUGCGUCGAAUGGUUCCUCUUCGUCUUCGUCUUCGUCUUUGUCUUCUUGUUUGAAUGAUAAAAAUAUCAGAUCAUCCAGUAGUGUCACGAAUACAACAACCAGUAAUUCAUCUCAUUUAAUUCCAAUCAAUCCUUGGUAA